CGCACUUCGUGUUCCAGAGGAUCGGCGACUGCUCCUUCCAGUCCAAUGGGAGCGAGGCCGGAUCGGGGCCAACUCCGCACGUGCGCUUCCUCGUCCGCUUCGCCUUCUGCCGGCAGGAGAUCGUCCGCUUCGACAGCGACCGCGGGGAGUUCGAGGCCGUCACGACCCUCGGGGAGCCCGACGCCCAAUACUGGAACAGCCAGAAGGACCUCCUGGAGGACGCGCGGAGGGCCGCGGAUUAUUUCUGCCGCCACAACUACGGUCUUGCGGAGAGCUUCGCCUCGGGGAGGAAGAUUCAACCCACGCUGAAGAUCGCCCCCUCAGAGAGCUCUUUGGCCCAGAACAUUUUGCUGAUUUGCACCGUGGACAAAUUCUUCCCCUCGAAGAUCAAAAUCACCUGGUUCCGAAACGGGAAGGAGGAAAAUGAGAACCGAGUGUUCACCACGGACCUGAUCCGGAACGGGGACUGGACCUUCCAGAUGGCGGUGAUGCUGGAGGCCCAGCCGGAGCGGGGAGACGUCUACGCCUGCCAGGUGGAGCACGCCAGCUUCCCGGAGCCCGUCACCGUCCGGUGGGGUAAGAAACGGACUGAAGUCCAAACCCACGUCCCUCUCACCCUGUCUGGCACACCAUCCCGACUUCCCCAUCAUCUGCAACAGAGCGUGGCCCCUCCCCCCCAAAAGGAGCAGCUCUCACUCAACCGUCUUCUCUGUCCUGCAGAAAUCUUCAUG